AGGGGAAGUGUGGGGGGGAUUACCGUCCACAACGGGACUUCUAAUGGGAGUGACUCGGUCUCUGCUCCCGUGGCAUACAGGCUACACGUACAUACUCAUGAGGCAGAUAUAGAUCAUAGAGCUAUCAGGAUAUAAACAAUGAUGGAGCCAUGCUGAGACUACACCCUGCCCCUGGUACUCGCUGCUGCAUCUGCAGCUUGCCUCUCCCUGUGAGGAGGCAGCGUGACCGUGUCCGUACACCCAUGUCAGCCUAUCACAGAGACCAGGGAGUGUCUCUCUCAUGUAUUUCACAGUUUCCUUCCGGUAUCAUAUCCUCCGAAUAUGGCAGCUGCCGGGUUCUGCUUCUUCUUAGCAACAGCCUCUUUCUUGCUGCUGGAACCCUCUUUAGCAUUUGUGGAGGAUUUAGAUGAUACAUUUAAAGAUACUAGACAAGAUGACAUCUGGCUCGUCGAUUUCUAUGCACCGUGGUGUGGCCACUGUAAGAAACUUGAACCUGUAUGGAACGAAGUUGGCAUUGAGAUGAGGAAAAGCGGUUCCCCAGUGAGAGUUGGGAAGAUGGAUGCAACAAUUCAUUCAAGCAUUGCUUCAGAAUUUGGGGUCCGUGGUUUUCCGACUAUAAAAUUGCUAAAAGGAGAGAUGGCCUACAACUACAGAGGUCCCAGAACAAAGGAGGACAUCGUUGAAUUUUCUAACAGAGUUGCUGGGCCAUUAAUACGACAGCUUCCGAGUCAGCAGAUGUUUGAUCACGUACAAAAGCGUCACCGUGUGCUCUUUGUAUAUGUUGGUGUUGAAUCUACACUGAAGGAGAAAUUUAUUGAAGUUGCAUCAGAACUUAUCGUGUAUACAUACUUCUUUUCUGCUUCAGAAGAAGUCUUGCCUGAGUACGUCACCCUCAACGAGGUCCCAGCUAUUCUGGUGUUUAAAGACUCCUCUUAUUUUGUUUAUGAUGAAUAUGAAGAUGGUGAUUUAUCCAGCUGGGUGAAUAAGGAGCGGUUUGAAGGCUAUCUCCAUGUUGAUGGAUUUACAUUGUAUGAGCUAGGAGACACAGGGAAACUGGUGGCUGUAGCAGUGAUUGAUGAAAAAAACAAUUCGGUUGAACAUACACGAUUAAAAUCUAUUGUUGAAGAGGUAGCAAAAGGCUACAGAGACCAUUUUCACAGAGACUUCCAGUUUGGACACAUGGACGGCAGCGAGUACAUUAACAGUCUGCUUAUGGAUGAAGUCCAAAUCCCCACUAUUGUGGUACUUAAUACAUCAAAUCAACAAUAUUUUAUGCCAAGCAAGAAAAUUGAGAAUGCAGAAGACCUGAUUCAGUUCAUUACCAGCAUUCUUGAUGGGACAGCUGAAGCUCAAGGUGGGGAUGGAAUACUGCAGCGCAUUAAAAGAGUUGCUUAUGAUGCCAAAUCUACUGUAGUAUCUGUAUUUAAGAGUUCACCUCUCCUUGGGUGCUUCCUCUUCGGUCUACCACUGGGUGUCAUCAGCAUAAUGUGUUAUGGAAUCUGCACAGCAGACACUGAUGAUGGUUCAGAGGAAAUGACAAGAAAAGAUGUGAUUGACCCAAAUAUAUCGGAUGAGGGCAGCGAUGAGGACCUAGAGGAGGACAAAACUAGGGAGAACUCUUCUGAAGUGACAGAUGAAGAUCAAGAAGAAAAGGAUUAUAUGGAAAAGAAAAAAGAUUAACUUUUAUGAAAAGUGGAUUAACUAGUAUUCCAGAAUAAACUUAUUUAUUAAAUUCAACCACUGACCCACCUUUGUUAAAAAAGUAAAAAGAAAAAAAAGCAGACUCUGCGUCACUGAAUAUUUGCAUGCGUUUGAUUUUCCUUUGUAAAGCAUCAGGGCUAUUAAUAAGACAUUCUAGAAUUUAAUAAAUGGUUUUGAAAGUAGAAGACCAAUAAGGAGCUUUUGUUUUUAUUGCAGUGUUCUAAUAAAGUUUUACUUUUUUUUUUUUUUUUUUUUUUAAUUAGCUAAAAUGUUUGUGUGUUUAUUAUUUUUACAACAUGGAGUUUUUCUAAUUAAUUUGUAUUUCGUUAUUAAAUGUUUGGGGACAAAGUCUUGAAUAGAGGAAUUUUUAACCUCUUCAGGCUGGUUAACCACUGAUGUUGACAAAAUGCUAGCAAUGCUACGUACAUGUGAAACACAAUCACAUUUGACAUUCAGUCGUAGCCAGGACUUGCGCUUAUCGUAAGGGCUGAAUAGAGGACACUCUGACCCCAAUGCAUUAUUUUGCAAGUUGAAAAAGGUCUGUGCAUCCAAAAGCUGCUGCCAUGACACAUAAGCUACUGACUGAACUCAGUGGAGUAUGGCGUUAUUAAAGUCAUUACAUUCCUUUUCCAUUAUCCAUUUACAUUCUUCUGCUAGUGUUAAAAACAUAAGUAAAGGCAUUAUUUUUUAUUCCAAAAGUUAAAGGUCAUAAAGUGAAGCAUUGGGCAUGUUUGCUUUAUAUGAACACACUUUACUCAAACUAAAUUGAAUGUUGCUGAUAAAAUGUUUUCUCUGCAUGUAUCAAUAUUACAGAUUUAUAAUGUAAAUUGGGUGUGUGGAAUUAGUGUUUUGUAGGCUACAGCACUGAAGUUGUUGGGAUAGGAGUAAUGUUAUGAAUUGCAUAGCUACCAAACCCACAGCCUGAAUGUUGGGGAGCGCUAAUGUAGCCUAUUUGUGUAUAAUACAUUUGUAAAUAUCUGAUGAGGCACGUUACAAUUUGUGCUUUCACAGUUUUUAUAUUUAACAACCUCAUAUUUCAGGAGAGUAAUUAUAUAAUCAUACAUAUUUGAAACAUAUUCUUGCUUAAAUAAAAUGUUAUUCCCAGAUAUGGAACAGAUUUAUAUUUUAUACCUGAUUUGUGCUAAUGAAUAUGUGUAAAAGUGCUAUUAUUAAGAUUUGUUAUGUGAUUUUGUUAGUUUUAUUAUUAUUUUUAUUUUAUUUACUUUUUAGCUUUGCAAUGAUCCACCCUUUUACUUCUUUAUCACAGUAGUAGCUUCAAAUUGUUCACAGGUUGUACUAUUUAAGUUUGCUGGACUUUUAAAUAUUUGAAUUGCUUUACAUGACCUAGAUUACCACAAGUUUUUAUGUUUUUUAUUUUUUUGUAUGCAAAAUAUACUCCAAAAUCAUUGCAGCAUUUCUGCAUAGUUAUUUUUGGUAUAGGUGAAACAUUGAUACUGUAAAUCCAGAAAUGUUUUUUUUUAAAUUGUCAAUAUAUUACUAAAUGUUUGGCAACUAUAUGUACCAUUUAUUGUAAAUAUGAUGUUCCUUUUUCCAGUUAAUAGUCUUUUUUGUUUUGUUUUGGGGUUUUUUAACAAAUUCCCUCUUACAUACUUCUCCACCCUUCUUGAAAUUAUGCAUGGUCUUUUUUUUCCUUUGAUUACAUUUUUUGCUAUAUUUGGGCUGAUUGGAAGGACAAAUGUUUGGGCUGAUUGGAUGUUUGGUCUAUUCUGGUAAAGCUUGUUAUAGUUUAUAUUUUUUAGAUUGUACUAUUGUGUUCAGAGGGCAUUGAAUGUGUUUGAAUGCAUAGAUGAGAGGCAAUAAACGUGCUUGCAGGAAUUAUGGUUUAUCUGAGGCAAACUAAAUCCUUGUAUUUUCAGUCUUUAAUUUACCCACCAUAAAUCAAAUCAACAAGACAGAAGAUAAUAAUGAGAAAUAAACACUUUGUGAACGUUCA